UCUCAGUGGCCAUUAGAAGAAUGGAAGGAGCUGGAUUGAAGCAUAUAUCAACACCUGCAGCUAUUUACAUUGACCAAACAAAGCUCUUAGGACAGACGUCUCACUCUGACCAUCCAAUGAACCAUAAACAAACACUUGAACAAGAAUUAAUAUAUCCAGUGAAGCUUCAGGACAGAAGAUUGCUUGAAAGAAGCAUACCUGAUCUGACUCUUUUGGCCGAGGUGAUCGAGGUUACUCCGGUACACUGUGUCGUCCAAGUGUCCAAGUCCACUGGGGAUCUGAGAACAUAUAGAGAGUUCUGCAGAAGCCUAUCGAGGUUGCUGAAUGGAGAGCAGCAGCCUGGCAGUUCAUCUGAUUUGGAAGUGAGCACAUCUGAGUAGAGGAAGAUCAAUAAACCUCCAACAGAUAGCUGAACCAGUAGACCUCCAUUGUCUCA